CGUCUGUCUGGCUCCGGUACUGCGUAUUGCAUGAUGAUGUGGCACUUAAGGCCAAAGACCUGUGGAAUGAAGGAAAACGCAGGGACAAACGCCACCGAAACCGUGAGCGAUUAGAUAUUGACAAAUGCGGUGAGAGAGAGAAAGAGAAGAAGUAGACGAAGAUGCUCAAAUAGUUCCAAAUUCCAUUCACAGAAAGAAGAAGGUCGAAGGAGCUCGACUUUUGAGUUAUUUUCAGCAAAGCAAUGUCUGCUAAUACCAGAAUUUAAUGCUCUUCUUCUUAUUAGUUUACUCUUCUUUUCUUCUUUUUUAAUGGUUAUUUAUAGAUUAUAGUACAUUUUAGUGGAGGUCCUCGAUCUUUGGCGAAUUUUCUUUUCUUUUCUUUUUCCUUUUUUUUUGAGCUGAAAUUUAGAAAAGAAGGUUAGUUAAUUUACUUUGUUUAGCGCUUAUGGAGUGAAGUUGAAGAUCUUAACAAGCAAGUCCUUGAAUGGAUAUUCGGUUUCCAAAUAGAUCCGCUGAAGUAGUAGCAUUUGAUCUUGAUCCGGCUUGAAACCAGAACAUUUUGGUAUAAAAAGAAAUCUUAAAACUCUAUUUCUAGUAUUGACUGUUGCUUCUCCUCUGAUAUGGCAAUGCAAAUGAUAACAAUUCCAAAGGCCGAGUGAAUGUUGAGGUCAUUGGCUUAGAAGAGGAAUUUUGGGUUGUUGCAUUAGUUAAAUGUUGAAGAUGGCGUCGUGGGAUAAUUUGGGGGAGCUUGCGACUGUGGCCCAGCUUACGGGUGUUGAUGCAGUGCGGUUAAUAGCGAUGAUAGCGAAGGCUGCGACUACAGCGCGAAUGCACAAGAAGAAUUGCAAGCAAUUUGCGCAGCAUCUUAAGUUGAUUGGGAACUUAUUGGAGCAGCUUAAGAUCUCAGAGCUUAAGAAGUAUCCAGAGACAAGGGAGCCUUUGGAGCAGCUUGAAGAGGCUUUGAGAAGGUCUUAUAUUUUGGUUAAUAGUUGUCAAGAUAGAAGCUAUCUCUACUUGCUUGCUAUGGGUUGGAAUAUUGUUUACCAGUUUAGAAAGGCGCAGAACGAGAUCGACCGGUACUUGCGGCUAGUUCCUCUCAUUACUCUUGUGGAUAAUGCUCGUGUCAGGGAGAGACUGGAAGAUAUUGAGAAGGAUCAACGUGAGUACACAUUGGAUGAAGAGGAUAGAAGGGUGCAAGAUGUGAUCUUGAAGCAAGAACCCUUGAAAGAUCAAACCAUUAUGUUGAAAAAAACUCUUUCGUGUUCCUACCCAAACUUAGGUUUUAAUGAAGCUCUUCGAAAGGAAAAUGAGAAGCUUCAGCUUGAACUUCAACGAUCACAAGCUAAUUUGGAUGUGAACCAAUGUGAAGUUAUCCAACAUUUGAUUGAAGUAACAGAAGCUGCUGUUGCGAAUUCUGUUCCACAAAAGAGUUCACCUGUUAAAGCUUCCAAGAAACUGGAGCCCAGUUAUUCAGAUGUUAGUGAGAAAAAUCAUUCAUAUGAUGAAGCUUAUCCUAAGAAAAAUAAUUCUCGCACAACUUCAAGAAAUACAUCAGGAGAUGAUCUGCUCUCACGGAAAGGCUCAUAUCGAGAUGAAGAAUGGCAUACUGAUUUGCUUGGUUGUUGUUCAGAGCCUUCUCUAUGUAUGAGAACAUUCUUCUAUCCUUGUGGCACUAUUUCAAAGAUAGCUACUGUGGCAACCAACAGGCACAUGUCUUCAGCAGAAGCAUGUAAUGAGUUGAUGGCAUAUUCAUUGAUAUUAUCAUGUUGUUGCUAUACUUGUUGCAUCAGAAGGAAGCUUCGCAAAAUGUUGAAUAUCACGGGAGGCUUUGUAGAUGAUUUUCUGUCGCAUUUGAUGUGUUGCUGCUGUGCCCUUGUCCAGGAAUACCGUGAGGUGGAGAUUCGUGGGGUUUAUGGUCCUGAGAAGACAAAAAUAAGCCCACCACCCUCACAGUUCAUGGAAUCCUAAGUGACAGCCCAAAUGCAUUUUUUAGUUGGUUGGACUUAUCCAUAUACGUGGAAGGUCAUAUACAGAGGUAAUAGCUAAUUGCCACUGUUAUAUGGAACAUGUCUGGAACUGCCUUUUAGCCAUAAAUUACUCUUACCCUUAUAUGUUGAGUCCACCAUGUGUAAGUAACUUUUUUAUUGAUUCCAUGUUCAGCAGAUGAUGUAUUAUACACUUCAUUUUAAUGAUUUUUGAGUUUAUUACUUGGUUUUGUAUAAUCAUGUGAUCUGUCUCUAAGGUUAGCUUAGGCAAGGUGCACUUCCUUUACUGAACAACAUUGGAUUGUAUUUUUGGUUUUACAUUAUAUUUUAUUACCAGUCUGUACAGAUGUAUUAUGUAUGUGCAUUUACAUAGAAUGAUGAGGACAUGAUUUCUGCUGGUUA